ACAAAUUAGAGAGAGAGAAAGAUAGAAAUGUACUAUUAUUUUCCCCCCUCUCUCAGAGCUCGCUCUCUAUAAAUAUAUCAAAAUCUGUUCAAAUCAGCUAGAUUUCAACUGAUUUUGAAACCCUAGCAUUUGGAUCCAUUUCGAGUUGUAGAUGUGAAGCGAACUUUUCUCUUUGAAUAGAUUUUUCUUUUUUUGGUUGCAUUUUGUGCUGUAAAGUGGUGCGACUAAGUGUUUGGAUCGGAGAUGGAAGAGGUUGCCGGCGAAGCGGCGGAGGUAAGAACCAAUGUGAGGAGUGAGUCGCCGAUGAGGAUGACAUCGGCCACCACGGCGGGUGUUCCUCCGUCGUUGACGGUCUCGGCGUCGUUUAGAGAGAGUGGAGGGAAAGGCUCGUCGAGGAGGAGAGGUGUUAGACCUAGCUUCGACGCCGAUAAUGAUUUUGUUCCGUUUCUUCACGGGUCGGAUCCGGUGAAGGUGGAGCUUACCAGAUUGGAGAAUGAAGUUAGAGAUAAAGAUAGAGAAUUGGGAGAAGCACAAGCGGAAAUUAAGGCAUUACGAAUGUCUGAAAGGCUAAGAGAAAAGGCUUGCGAAGAGCUCAGUGACGAGCUCUCAAAAAUGGAUGAGAAGCUUAAAUUGACAGAAUCUCUUCUUGAAAGCAAGAACCUUGAAAUCAAGAAAAUAAAUGAUGAGAAGAAGGCAGCCAUGGCUGCUCAGUUUGCAGCUGAGGCCACUCUGCGGAGGGUUCAUGCUGCUCAAAAGGACGAUGAUAUGCCUCCAAUUGAAGCAAUUCUUGCACCCUUGGAGGCUGAGCUGAAGCUUUCUCGGCAAGAGAUUGCAAAACUUCAAGAUGAUAACAGAGCACUUGAUCGUCUAACUAAAUCAAAAGAAGCAGCUUUACUUGAAGCUGAAAGGACUGUUCAGGUUGCAUUGGCCAAAGCGUCCAUGGUGGAUGAUCUCCAAAAUAAAAACCAGGAGUUGAUGAAGCAGAUAGAAAUUUGUCAGGAAGAAAACAAAAUUUUGGACAAAAUGCAUCGCCAAAAGGUUGCAGAGGUUGAAAAGCUUACACAAACUGUAAAGGAGCUGGAAGAGGCUGUUCUUGCUGGUGGUGCUGCUGCAAAUGCAGUUCGGGAUUAUCAACGCAAAGUUCAGGAGAUGAAUGAGGAAAGAAAAACUCUUGAUCGAGAACUGGCACGUGCGAAAGUAACCGCUAAUAGAGUGGCCACAGUUGUAGCAAACGAGUGGAAAGAUGCUAAUGACAAAGUGAUGCCUGUGAAACAAUGGCUUGAAGAGAGGAGAUUCUUGCAGGGAGAAAUGCAGCAACUUCGUGACAAGCUUGCCAUAACCGAGCGAGCUGCAAAAUCCGAAGCACAGUUGAAAGAGAAAUAUCAAUUGCGGCUUAGAGUUCUAGAAGAGAACUUGAGAGGAUCUUCUAACAGCUUUAGUCGCAGUACAUCAGUUGGAAGAAGCACGAGCAAUGGGCCUUCCAGGCGUCAGUCACUUGGUGGAGCUGAGAACUUCUCAAAGAUUUCAUCCAAUGGGUUUUUACCCAAGAGAUCACCGAGCUCUCAAUUGAGAUCCUCUUUGUCUUCUAGUACUGUGUUGAAGCAUGCGAAAGGAACAUCUAAGUCAUUUGAUGGAGGCACAAGAUCAUUAGACAGGGCUAAAGUGCUUUUAAAUGGAGCAGCCUCAAAUGUUUCAGUAAACCAUCCUUCUGAGGGGAUCAAGGAGAGUGAGUUACCGAGUAGUGAAAAAUCGAAUGAUUUCCAGCCAGUAGACACUGAGGACAAUGUUCCAGGAGUUUUGUACGAUUUGCUGCAGAAAGAGGUCAUAGCAUUGAGGAAAGCUGGUCACGAGAAAGAUCAAAGCCUUAAAGAUAAAGAUGAUGCGAUUGAGAUGCUUGCUAAGAAGGUCGAAACAUUGACAAAGGCAAUGGAAGUUGAGGCUAAAAAGAUGAGAAGAGAAGUUGCGGCUAUGGAGAAAGAGGUUGCUGCCAUGCGUGUGGAGAAAGAACACGAGAAUAAGGCCAGGCGGUUCGCCAACUCCAAGGGACCGGCUGCUCAGCUGCUUACUGGAAGAAAUACGUCUCGAAGCGGGUUAACACGCAGCACUCAAUGACAACAAAUUUUAAUCGAAGCAUCAACUACAAGGAGUAAUUUCGCAUAAGUCUCCUGGAUCCUUCCUUUUACUUUUUAUAAUUUUUUACCUCCUUUGGUGAUUGAUUAUAAAGAUAUUAUAACUUGCAUGCUGAUGAACCUGCGUUCAUUAAAAUUGACCAAUAGAUGAAAUCCGGGGAAAAAAGGGUAAAAUUCGGAUGAAGAAGACAUCGAUUUGGUAUGCUUCUAACAAACUGCUUAUUCCGCUUUUUAGAGAUUUAGCCAAAAAAAAAAAAAACAGGAAGAAGGAAACUAUUGACUAUGGGCUAACAUUAUGUUAGGUUUUCAUGAGUGGCCAGUGAUUGUGUGGUUGUAUAGGUAGUUUCUUUUUUUUCCCCGGAAUUUCUGCCGUUGUCCCAUUUUUCGUUUUUUGCAUUUCAUAUUUGUAAUCUGCAAUUAGUGUGAUUUGUCUUUCAAGUUUGUUAAUAUUCUUGUAUUGAGAUCUGUUUGGUUGUGUUAUUCAUUAAUAGUUGCUUAUA